CGACGCCUUGUAUGUUACAGUCCAUCACAUUUCCUCAAGAUAUGAUUUCUCUCUCUCUCUGUCUGUCUGUCUGUCUGUCUGUGUGUGUGUGUGUGAGCGCGCUUUGUCAUUGCUAGCUUUGCUAAUUUAGGACAGUGCUUUUAUUUCCGUCAUGACUGAACAAACAUAUAACCUGCCAUGAUUUGAUUGCAUUUUGCGUCCACCUUGCAACUUCUUCGACAGAUGUGAUGGGCGGACGCGUUAAACGCAUGUUAGCCAUGACAUUUUCAGCCACUGAUUGUCAAUAACUCAGAUCGUCUCCGAGUCAGACAGGUAGAUUGACGCGUUUUAAUCUUCGUCAAACAAUAGUGGACUGUUAGUUUUUCCUAGUCGCCAAAGGCCCCGAUUUAUGACUGGAAACAUAUCAGCGACGUCACGAGCUCAUUUGCAUAUACUACAGUCAGUUGCGAAUGUGUCGAGCGGUGUUCGUUCAUGCGUUUGUGUUUUUAAAGUUGUGUUGGCUCUGAUCUUUUUGGUAAUGUUAGUUCUGGACUGAAAAGUGAACAAAUGACAGAUAUCAAACGAGAAGGAGAGUUUCUAAGAUGAAGGAACAUGGGGCAGCACCUUGGAAAACGUGAGCCACUCUCUGUUUCCAAGGGGUCUUCAACAGUAUCUGAACACAUCAUGGCGGACUCUCCUGUGGAAUCUCAAGAUGAGGUGUUUGGACUGGGCGAGGCAGACAUGAACCAGAACAAUGGUUGCUCCAGCAAGAGUGCAGUGGCGACUGACUCCAUGAACACUGAAGUACAUCACAGCAGCAGGACGCAGCCGAGCCCGGACGACCCGAAUGCCUCUGGGCCCCGCCCACACUUGGUCCGCCUCUUCUCUCGAGAUGCCCCGGGUCGUGAGGACAACACCUUCAAAGACCGCCCCUCGGAGUCCGAUGAGCUGCAGACCAUCCAGGAGCACGGAGGAGCAGGCUCAGAGUGCGGUUCCGAGUGUGCUGAACAGGAUCCUGAGUAG